GCGAGCGCAACAGCAGCGCUCCGGCAGCAGGCAUCUCUGCGUGAAGCAGCACUCGUUAGGACGGUUUGAAAGCCACGGCUUGCAGAAGGGUGCAGGUGGAAGUCUUCGCCGACCCACCUCCGCUUGGCGGUCUUGAACGGACCUCUGUGGCCACUGUUUGCUUCAAACUAAUUCGUUUAAAAGCGUCAGAGGCGCUAUACUUAUUCGUAAAUACAUGCCUUUCAAGUCUUCGAAGUAAACGAUUCUCCGAAAUGGAAAACGCUCACACUAAACCUGCGGCCGAAGUUUUAAAAAACUUUAACGUGAACGAAAACAAUGGACUGACUCCUGAACAAGUAAAGAAUAAUCUGGAAAAAUAUGGACCAAACGAGCUCCCGGCAGAGGAAGGGAAGUCUCUGUGGGAGUUGGUAGUAGAGCAGUUUGAGGAUCUCCUUGUCAGGAUUCUGCUGUUGGCUGCCUGCGUCUCGUUUGUGCUGGCGCUGUUUGAGGAAGGGGAGGAGUCCACCACAGCCUUCGUGGAGCCCAUCGUCAUCCUCCUCAUCCUGAUCGCCAAUGCCGUCAUUGGAGUAUGGCAGGAACGCAACGCGGAGAGCGCCAUUGAGGCGCUGAAGGAGUACGAGCCAGAGAUGGGCAAAGUGUUCCGCAUGAAUCGCAAGGCUGUGCAGCGCAUUAAGGCUCGCGACAUCGUGCCUGGAGACAUCGUGGAGGUGGCGGUUGGGGACAAGGUCCCGGCUGACAUCCGAAUCGUGGCUAUAAAAUCCACGACGCUCCGUGUGGACCAGUCCAUCCUCACAGGCGAGUCUGUGUCUGUCAUCAAACACACGGACCCUGUGCCUGAUCCUCGAGCUGUUAAUCAAGAUAAGAAGAAUAUGCUUUUUUCUGGCACCAACAUCGCGGCAGGGCGCGCCGUGGGUGUGGUCGUCUGCACGGGCGUCUCCACGGAGAUCGGCAAAAUCCGCAACCAGAUGGCGUCCACGGAGCAGGAGAAGACGCCGCUGCAGCAGAAGUUGGACGAGUUCGGCCAGCAGCUCUCCAAGGUCAUCUCGCUCAUCUGCGUGGCCGUGUGGGUCAUCAACAUCGGCCACUUCGGCGACCCCGUGCACGGCGGCUCCUGGGUGCGCGGGGCCAUCUACUACUUCAAGAUCGCCGUGGCGCUGGCCGUGGCCGCCAUCCCUGAGGGCCUGCCUGCCGUCAUCACCACCUGCCUGGCGCUGGGCACCCGCCGCAUGGCCAAGAAGAACGCCAUCGUGCGCUCGCUGCCCUCCGUCGAGACGCUGGGCUGCACCUCCGUCAUCUGCUCCGACAAGACGGGCACGCUCACCACCAACCAGAUGUCCGUGUGCAGGAUGUUUGUGGUGGAUAAGGCUGAUAAUGCUACUUGUUCUCUUCACGAGUUCACCAUCACUGGCUCAACCUAUGCUCCAGAAGGACAAGUGCUGAAGGAUCACAAGCCUGUGCAGUGUGGAGACUACGACGGCCUCCUGGAGCUGGCCACUAUCUGCUCCAUGUGCAAUGACUCUUCCCUGGACUACAAUGAGGCUAAAGGCGUCUACGAGAAGGUAGGGGAGGCCACGGAGACGGCGCUCACCACCCUGGUGGAGAAGAUGAACGUCUUCAGGACAGACCUGUCCUGCCUCAGCAAGGUGGAGAGGGCAGGAGCGUGCAACUCGGUGAUCAGGCAGCUCAUGAAGAAGGAAUUCACUCUGGAGUUUUCUCGAGACAGGAAGUCCAUGUCCGUGUUCUGCAUGCCCACUAAAACAGGCUCCCAGAGCAAGAUGUUCGUUAAGGGGGCUCCGGAGAGUGUGAUCGACAGGUGCACGUCGGUGCGGGUGGGCUCGGGGAAGGUCCCGCUGACCAUGGCGGUGAAGGAGGAGCUCAUGAGCACUAUUAGGGACUGGGGCGCGGGCAGAGACACGCUGCGCUGCUUGGCGCUGGCCACGCGAGACUCGCCGCCUCGCAAACAGGAAAUGGACCUGGAGAACUCAGCCAAGUUCGCCGAGUAUGAGUCUGAACUCACCUUCGUUGGCUGCGUGGGCAUGCUGGACCCGCCCAGGAAGGAGGUGAUUGGCUCGGUGAAGCUAUGCAAGGAGGCGGGCAUCCGGGUCAUCAUGAUCACGGGUGACAACAAGGGCACGGCCGUGGCCAUCUGCCGCCGCAUCGGCAUCUUCGGCGAGGACGAGUCCGUGGAGGACAGGGCGUACACGGGGCGCGAGUUUGACGACCUGCCCCCCGAGGCGCAGCGUGAGGCUGUCAAGCGCGCACGCUGCUUCGCCCGCGUCGAGCCCGCCCACAAAUCCAAGAUCGUCGCCUACCUGCAGUCCUUCGACGAGAUCACGGCCAUGACUGGUGAUGGCGUGAACGACGCCCCCGCCCUGAAGAAGGCAGAGAUCGGCAUCGCCAUGGGCUCCGGCACUGCCGUCGCCAAGUCGGCCUCGGAGAUGGUGCUGUCGGACGACAACUUCUCCACCAUCGUGGCGGCAGUGGAGGAGGGGCGGGCCAUCUACAACAACAUGAAACAGUUCAUCCGCUACCUCAUCUCCUCCAACGUGGGCGAGGUGGUCUGCAUCUUCCUGACGGCGAUCCUGGGCCUGCCCGAGGCGCUCAUCCCUGUGCAGCUGCUCUGGGUGAACCUGGUGACGGACGGCCUGCCUGCCACGGCGCUGGGCUUCAACCCCCCCGACCUGGACAUCAUGGACAAGCCUCCCCGCAACCCCAAGGAGCCCCUCAUCUCCGGCUGGCUCUUCUUCCGCUACCUGGCCAUUGGCGGGUAUGUGGGACUAGGUACUGUUGGUGCUGCCACCUGGUGGUACUUAUUUGAUGAGCAGGGUCCACAGGUGUCUUUCUACCAGUUGAGACACUUUAUGCAGUGUACAGAGGAGAACCCCAUGUUCCAGGGCAUCAAAUGUGAGGUGUUCGAGUCACGCUACCCCACCACCAUGGCCCUCUCCGUCCUGGUCACCAUAGAGAUGUUCAACGCACUCAACAGCCUCUCAGAGAACCAGUCCCUGUUAAGAAUGCCUCCAUGGGUUAAUAUCUGGCUUUUGGGAGCCAUCAUUCUCUCCCUGUCUCUACACUUCCUUAUUCUCUAUGUGGAGCCCCUGCCACUGAUCUUUCAGGUGACCCCUCUGUGCUGGUCCCAGUGGAUAGUCGUGCUCAAGAUCUCCAUUCCUGUGAUCCUUCUGGACGAGGCGCUCAAAUACAUCUCCCGGCACCAUUUAGAAGGUGAAGAGGAGGAGAGGUAUAUGAAGAGUCGGCAGCUGAAAUUCUAGGACAACUCUUGCUUCAGCGUGCACGUACACACACACACACACACACACACACACACACACACACACACAACCCUUUUCCCCCUCCCCUUUCCUAAGACCACUCACACACUCCUAUUUGCUCUUUGCCUCUAAAAUAUCUUGCCUGCAUGUCCAGCCACCACUAGAAAUGAGCAGGGCUUGUUUGUGUGUGUGUGUGCGUGCGUGCGUGUGUGUGUGCGUGCGUAUACAUGCGUGUUUAAGUGCGUGCAUGCGACAGCACAAGCACAUGCCCCGUCAUGUGAUUUCGCGUAACAGACAGCAAAGGUUAUUUAGGGAUUCUUUUUGCUUCUUGGCUUCUGCUCAUUUGCUGUAGAUAUGAGUGCAAUAACUGGAGCUUAAGGGAGGCCAGAGAGGAGAGAUCAGGGUUCAGAGGUCACAAGCUGAGUUUUUCCAAAGUCUGGGAUGACAUUCAAACCACCGGACAGCUGAGUGUGUCAUUGAAGAGGGCCAUCAGAGAUGGAGAAAGAGAGGACAGACACAUCUGGAGAGCUGUCCUCGUUCUCUCUUGCUUCAUCUUUUCCAGUCUUCAGAUCAGUUGUCUCCAGGCUCUGAGUUGUUUCUGAAAGCCAUUUAGACGUAGACGCCAAACUUGCUUUUUAUCCAGGAGGGGGUGGAGUGGUGCUCAUGUCUAGACCACACUGUUUCAGUUUGGGCUAGACAUUUUAUUUAAAAAGAAAAAAACAAAACUGCUAGAGGCUAAAUAAGACAGUGAACGCGUAGGUUCGAGCUGAUGUUUACACAUAAGUACACAAUUUUGUGGACUUGGAAAACUGUUGUAAUUGAUUCACUUCUCUACGUGGCCCUUCAGUGGACAGGUGUGAAAUGCUCCGUAGUGCUUGGCUGCUUUUAAAGUUCUGCCUCUCUAUCAACGCUGAAAGCCUUGGAAACUGUACAGUCUAAAAGCCUCCAUCACACAGUCUCCCUCUUCCCUCUCCAUCCCACCCCCCCCCCCCCCUCUCAUUUGUGCUGAUUUCACGGGAACACUAGUUAACAGGAGCUGCUGGGAAACCAUCUCCAGUGCAGGGCGGCUUCAGAAUUUCAUUUACUCAGAUAUUAACAAGCGGCUGUGAGGGGGAACGGAGAGGAAGUGUCCAGGUAAAGUGCGGAGAAAAGGGAGUCCUGGCACGUCCACGCGGUUUGUCCGGCACACUCUGCCACCAGCCUCCCUCAACAGUUCCGCCCAACACCUGAUGCUUUUAAUGCCAAGAUUUAGUGCUAUUUGUGCAUGCACAGGCACACCCAUGUACACAAACGCACAUCCUGGUCAGGAGAGGAGAUCCUGCCUCUAAGCUCUGCUUGGCACCCAUUCAAAUGACAGAAACACCCACGCUUAUAUUAUACGAAGAGGGGUCUUAAACGAAUGUACCUUUUCCGAUUCUCCUCUCUGCGAAUGUCUCUCCUCUUCCCAGUCUCUGCCUCCAGUGGCUAGGCUGCUUGAGCUACACCCCUUCCGUUUACGCAGUUACGCCUUUUAUUCGAGGGGUUGUGUCGUCGUCCCCCAUUUGUACCGCGGGGCUUGUUUUUCUUCUGUUUUUCUUUCCUUGUUGUUUCAAUUUCAAGGUCCACUCGACCCGAGUUCGUUUUCCUCAUCGCUGAAUGUCGUCUCUGGGCCUCGAGACAGCCGUGGGGCGUUUAGGCAGGCCACCAUGACUCUUAACCGUCGACAGACUUGUCACCAGUGCUUUGGCAAUCUUGAUGAACUUGGCUACUUGUCGUUUAAUUCUUUAAAAAGAAAGUAAUAGUAGUAAUAAUAAUAAUGUAUUUGACUGAACGAACCCAGGUGGUUUAGGUUGUUCUUUUUACUGUUAAGGGCAGAAUUUGCCUUCAGUCUCUGUUGAUGUGGGCCAGUGUAUGUGUUUGUAUGUUUGUGAGGAAUUAGCAGACCAGCUGAUUCUGUCGCAUAUGUGUCACUAUGUUGACCUUGGGAAUAUUGGGAGAUGUAGUCUUAAUAUCUGUCCAGUAUCUGUCCAGUUCUGAAGCACUUGUUGUUGUGACAGAUACCCUGUGUUAGUGUCGCCACAGAGAGCCACCUGCUUGCGUGACAUAUGGACAUAUAGCGACAUAUAGCCUGCAGUGCAUUGGAGGCCAUUUUGAUGUCAGUAACAGACACUGUCGGUGUGAUCAUUUCAGCUUACUUCGUGUAUAAUAUCUGUGACCAUAACAAUUCCCUCUAGUUAUGGAAAGAUCUCAUGCACGCUCUUCACACUGAAGCAGGACUUUAUGACCGGAAUCAUGCCUUGUUUGUUUGAGCCGUAUAGCUAUGACAUCAGAAAUCUCUUUCCUAAUGAAAUGACGACAAUAACUCUAAGCCCAGCGUACUGACCUACGGCAAUAAGGCCUCCUUCCCUCACCAAAACCACUGGCAGUCCAAGCAACAGAAAAUGUGGGCUCGUACAGCCUUGAUAAUUACUACUGAUCUCUUGAAAUCUGUACAGAAAAAAAGAAUAAGAUUGCAUGGAACCUUGUUACUGUAAUUAAUAACCUAUACAGUAUGUAAUAUUUAAUUUUUUUUUAAAUAAGCACUCACCUAAAUGAAACUUAUUCACCAACAGGUAAAGAACUGAAAGUCGAGUUUUGUUUUUUUUUAAGACCAUGGAAUAGGAGGAUUGGCAGUGGUUAUUAAUUUAACAUUACUGUUUGUUUUUAAAGGUUGUUGGAGAUAGUGUCUUUUACUAACAUUUGGGGGUUGGAACAUUGUAAAAUAAAAACAACAAUCAUGCUAAUAAGAUUUGAGGAUUUGUUUUUAACAGUAAUUGUAAUUUGGUUUGAUAUCUAUCUGAAAUCCCCCACCUCACCCUCCCCUAUCAGUCCAGCCCCUAGUGACUAGGGGAAGUCACUUCCCCUAGCCUGUUACUGCUACUGGGAUUUAUUAUUAUUAUUAUUAUUAUUAUUAUUAUUAUUAUUAAUAAACCAUCUUUGAACAUAAGCUAAAGCCUUUUACUUCAUACAGGUUUAAAGUAAAACAAAUAUCACAUGCAACUCCAUUAACUAUGGUAUUAUCCAAUGUCAUAUGAACCAAUGUUACUCUGAAAUGGAGGUUGGCCCACUACUGAAACAUGGAUUUUCCAAAGAGAUAAUGGUAAGGGGGGGUGAUGAGGGUCUGAUUUGAGAUUGGACUGUGGUUUACACAGAGCAAUGUCAUGAUGAAUGCUGGGUAAUGAAGUUUUUUUUGUGUCACAUGUACAUUUUGAAGGGCUUGGGGUAGGUACAGUGGCUCCAGAGGUGCAAGAUCGCAACUGUGCUUGACUCACUAAUUGGUCGAUGCUGAUUGAUUUAUUCAUUCACCUGAUUUCUCUGCUAUAAAACAGUGACAGGGUGCUGAGCUAAGUGAUUCCCCAGCCUUCAUAUGCUGAUCCAUAUAUUUAACUAUCCAAGAAAGUAUUCGGAGUAGCGUCACGUUUCACGGUCCUGGUGCCUCACUUCUAUCAUGCGGUUUCUAUCAUGCAGUACCUGGAGCCUUGUACCCGCUACUGAGAAUGGAAUCUCUGCAUUGCCUUGGUAACAUUAAUUGUGGAUAAAUAUUUUAUAUAUAUGAAAAAAAAGACAUGGAAAAUAAAGAUUAUUUAUCUUGUUAUUUA